AUGAUCACAUUCACGCCGCUAUCGGGUGCCGCUCGCUCUUCAGUUACGAGUCCCUUGGCCUACCUUCUCCAAAUAGACGAUGUCAAGAUUCUCCUCGACUGUGGUUCGCCAGACUGGAAUCCAGAGAAGAUUCCUUCGACUUCAACAGAGAGCGACUCUUCUCCUUACUUCUGGCAAGAUUAUUGCAAUGCUCUGAAGCAGUGUGCGCCUUCCGUGGACCUUGUCUUGUUAUCUCACGGCGACUUAUCCCACUGCGGACUCUUCGCAUAUGCCUACUCACGAUGGGGUCUGAAAGCGCCUGUGUAUAGUACACUUCCUGUGCAGGCUAUGGGACGCAUUGCGACGACGGAAGAUGUCGACGGCCUUCGAGACGAAGGUAUUCAUGACCCAGAGAAUGAACAGGACUUUGAUGAAGAGCAUAAGGAGGAAAAUGAAAAUGAAGAAGGCUUCUCAACAGAACAGAAGGAACACACGAGCAUUAAAUUCAUUGCCACAAUGCAGGAAGUUCACGAGGCCUUUGACUCUAUCAACACGCUAAGGUAUUCACAACCUACACAUCUCCAGGGACGAUGUCAGGGCAUCACAGUAACACCAUUCAAUGCCGGCCAUACACUAGGCGGUACCAUAUGGAAGAUACGAUCUCCGUCGGCUGGUACAAUCCUCUACGCUGUAAACAUCAACCACAUGCGUGAACGCCACCUCGAUGGAACUAUCCUCGUUCGGUCCGCUGGGGGAGGUGUAUUCGAGCAACUUGCUCGCCCCGACCUCCUCAUCACUGAUGCUGACCGCGCAAACGUGGUCACGAGUCGUCGGAAAGACAGAGAUGCCGCGCUCAUGGAUUGCAUCAGUGCCACUCUUUCGUCACGAUCGUCCCUGUUGCUGCCUUGCGAUUCCAGCACUCGGGUGCUGGAAUUGUUGGUAUUGCUAGACCAACAUUGGAAAUUCCAUGACUAUCGCUAUCCGAUUUGCUUCCUUUCUCGCAAUGGUCGCGAGAUGCUCACUUUUGUGCGAAGUAUGAUGGAAUGGCUGGGCGGUACAGUCAACAAGGAAGAUGUGGGUGUCGACGGCAGUGGGCGCAUGGGCGGCAACAAGAGACGAAGAGACGAUGACGCAGACGACGACGCCUUAGGGGCGUUCGCUCUCCGGUUUCCUCAUCUCGAGUUCUUUCCUAACCCAGACGCAUUGCUUCAAACUUAUUCGUCGAAAGACCCCAAAAUUAUCUUGGCUGUUCCUGCGUCGUUAUCGCACGGACCGUCUCGAUCCUUAUUCGUCGACUUCGCAGCAGUGCCUGACAACGUCGUACUCCUUACUGGCAGAGGUGAAGAGGGUACUCUCGGCCAAAUACUCUUCGGCCGCUGGAAUGACUCGCAAAGAGCGGAUGACAAGUGGGACAAGGGAAAGAUUGGCAGAAACGUCAUGAUGGAUGGUGCUAUGCGGCUGAAGAUGUCCUCAAAAGUCCCUCUCCAAGGAACAGAACUGGAACUAUAUCUGGCUAAAGAGCGUGCGACCAAGGAGAAGGAAGUAGCUCAGCAGGCCGCUAUGGCUCGUAAUCAACGCAUGCUUGAAGCUGACGAGGACGAGAGUGACGAGGAGUCCGACUCCGACGCAGAAGAAGAUGAGGUUGCCCGCGCUCUCGGCGUUACGACUCUGGACUCCGACGAUAUUUCCAGUCCUAAUCUCGGCUUGCGGAAACGCAAAGGCGAAUCAGCUGAGGAUGGGGAAUGGGCUGAUAUGGAUGAAGGCCUCACCAAGCAAGUGCUAUCCUUCGACAUCUACCUCAAAGGGAACAUGUCGAAGGCGACAUCAUUUUUCAAGACUUCCUCGAACCAAAGUCAACGCUUCCGAAUGUUCCCCUAUGUGGAGAAGAAGCGGAGAGUAGAUGAGUACGGCGAAACCAUCGAUGUUGGCAUGUGGCUGCGAAAAGGCAAGGUCAUGGAGGAGGAUAGUCAAGGCGACGAAGCGAAGGAUGUCAAGCGGAGGCAAGCUGAAGAGGAGGAGAAGUUUCAGAAAGCCGCCCAGGAGCCGCCAUACAAAUUUGUGACGUCCGAGAUCGAGGUCCAGCUGGCAUGCCGCCUACUGUUCAUUGACAUGCAAGGGCUGAACGAUGGACGAUCUGUCAAGACUAUAAUACCUCAAAUGAACCCUAGGAAGAUGAUCAUAGUACACGCUUCCGAGAGUGCCUCAGAAGCCCUGAUCAGCAGUUGUGCAAACAUCCAUGCAAUGACCAAGGACAUUUAUGCGCCUCAAGUAGGCGACUCAGUGCAAAUUGGACAACAAACCAACAGCUUCUCAAUAUCGCUAAGCGAUGAACUCAUUGCCGGGCUGAAGAUGUCGCGGUUUGAAGACAACGAAGUCGCAUAUGUGACUGGGCGUGUGAUUAGUCACUUCAGUUCAACCAUACCUAUACUUGGGCCCGCGUACGCGGUGCCCCCAGCACGACAAUCCAGUGUCGUAAGCGAAAAUGUCGAACCUCCCAAAAGGCGGACAUUGGGAUCACGGUCUAAAAUCGAUUUACCUCAUUCUACGAUGAUCGGUGAACUCAAGCUAACCUCUCUCAAGUCGCGUCUUGCUGCUGUCGGCAUCCACGCUGAGCUCAUUGGUGAGGGUGUCCUCAUAUGCGGCGCGGGUGCCAAACGCGAUCAGGCUUCUCAAAAUCUCCAUGACACCGUCGCGGUGCGCAAGACAACUUCAGGCAAGGUAGAACUUGAAGGAAAUGUUUCAGAUGUCUACUAUAAUGUACGAAACGAGAUAUACAAACUACACGCCCUAGUGGCUGCGUAA